AUGGAAGUGAAUGAAAGUAAAGUAUUAUACACUGAUGAGAAGUUGGCUGCCUUACAUCUUUUCGAGGCCUAUCCGAGCUGCCUUAUGGAUUUCGCCGCCUACACCUGCAUACUGUUCAUGUUGGUGGGAAUCCCUGGCAACCUGAUCACUGUCAUCUCCCUGGCUAGAUAUAAAAAGGUACGCAACGCUACAGCAAUAUUCAUCAUCAACCUGUCUUUCUGCGACUUUCUCUACUGCUGCAUCAACCUCCCCAUGUCUGCGACCACCUUCUGGACGAGGACCUGGCCUUAUGGAGGCUUCAUGUGUCAGUUCUUCCCCUUCAUGAGAUUUGCCUUGGCUGGAGUGUCUAUCUUCACCAUCGUUGCCAUCACCAUCAACAGAUACAUUAUGGUAUCUCAUCCUCAGUUAUAUACUAAAAUAUAUACAUCGAGGAAUCUCGGCAUCAUAGUGGCGACCACGUGGCUCCUCUCCUUUGCACUAUUGACACCAAUUUGGACCGAAUCCUGGGGCAGGUUUGGAAUGGAUCCAACCAGUUUCUGUGUCGUUCUACCGGACCACAACGGCAACAGUCCCAAAAAAUUCCUCUUUGUGUUUGCAUUUGUAUUACCUUUUAUUACUAUAAGCUUCUGCUAUGCUAGAAUAUUCUACAUCGUUAGAAAAACUACUGCAAAAUCCCGUGGAAAUAUUCGUAAAAGACACCAACCCGAUAAGGAUGAUUCCUCUAUAGCAACUUCCUCUCCGGAUAGUGAUAUCACAAGCAACCAACAGCCAAUUUCUCCGGAAAAUCCCCCAGAACAUCCAAGAGUACAAUCUUUACGAGCUCCACUCAGCGUGAUCAUUUCAGUUCCCGAUGAAAGAUCUUCUAGAUCAAAAAACAGUAUAAUAAACAUCGGGAAAACUAUUAACUUAAGAAAAUCACAACUAUUAGACAAAGCUGCUCCAACAUCAAAAGACAAGAGACUACUGACAAUGAUUACAGCGAUCAUGGUCACAUUCUUUAUAUGCUACACACCUAUCACAAUAAUACAGGUGUUCCAAGAUGUAUCGAAACCAACUCCUACAGCAGUUAUCUGGAGCUAUAUACUGCGAUAUUUAACAUCAUGUUCAAAUCCUAUAAUUUACGUGUUGUUAUCCAAGGAAUACAGAAAAGCGUACAGAAAGAUGCUGGUUCUGCCGUCCUGCAAAAACAAAUCGUGUGACUGCUGGAGAUAA